GAUUUCGUCACUUGUACUUUCCCACUUUGUGCGUUUUUGGUUCAUUUCACGGUGGCUGCAGUAAAACCUCGCUGUGAUGUGGCCACUGGUAAUAUUUGGUUUCUUCUUUUGUUUUGUACCCAGCCAUCAGCAGUUUCCCCGGCUGUGCUCAACCCAGGAGGCCCUGCGCACCAAGGAAUGCUGCCCGCCUUGGGAAGGAGACGGCUCGGCCUGCGGAGCCAGAUCAGGCCGCGGCUUCUGCGCUGAUGUGGAGGUCUCGGAUCGGCCCGACGGAGCGCAGUACCCCUUCUCCGGCCUGGAUGACAGAGAGAGGUGGCCCCUGGUGUUCUACAACCGGACGUGCCAGUGCGCAGGAAACUUCAUGGGGUUCAACUGUGCCGACUGUCAGUUUGGCUACUUUGGGCAGAACUGUAACGAGAGGAGAGAGUCUCUGAGGAGGAACAUCUUCCACCUGUCCCGAUCCGAGAGAAUCAGACUGGUUUCCUACCUGAACUUGGCCAAGCAGACCAUCAGCAGGGACUACGUCGUGGCCACGGGGACCUACAGUGAGAUGGGGAACGGCACGAACCCGAUGUUUGCAGAUGUGUCCUUGUAUGAUGUGUUUGUGUGGAUGCAUUACUACGUGUCUCGUAACGCGCUGCUUGGAGGACCGGGGAACGUGUGGACCGAUGUGGACUUUGCGCACUGGGCGCCCGCGUUCCUCCCCUGGCACCGAGUGUACCUGCUGCACUGGGAGCAUGAGAUCAGGAAGCUGACCGGGGACAUGAGCUUCACCAUCCCCUACUGGGACUGGAGGGAUGCCCAGGCCUGUGAUGUGUGCACGGACGACCUGAUGGGUGGCAGAAACCCGCAGGAUCCCUCACUUCUGAGUCCCGGCUCGGUCUUCUCCUCCUGGAGGGUUCUGUGCUCCCAGCCUGAAAACUACAACAUCAGAGGUGUGCUGUGUGACUCCACUGACGAAGGCCCGGUGCGUCGUAACCCUGGAAACCACGAUCGUAACCUGGUUGAACGAUUACCAACUUCAGCAGAGGUGGAUUUCACUCUGAGUUUGACCAACUAUGACACCGGAGCAAUGGAGGCCACUGCCAACAUGAGCUUCAGGAACACUCUGGAAGGUCAGAUAAGCCCGGCCACAUAGGCACACAAACGCAAACACACUGUGAUUCCCACACCGCACUGCUGCUCUUCACUCUCACGGUGUUAAAAAGC